AUGACAACUGAUUUAUUUAAAAGUAUUUAUAUAACAAUGAGAAUUUAUACAACAAUUAAUCAAACAAAAUCUAUCACUUGGAAUAAUAGUAAUGAGAUUUUAAAUGCUUUAAAAUGGGCUAUGUACUGUAGUGAAGGAUAUAAUCAUGUUAGUCAAACUAUAUAUUAUGAAGAAUUUUUAAAAAAUUGUCAAUUAAUACGUCAAUAUAUAUCAUCAACAGAUAUUCCUAUUGAUUUUAUUCAAAAUGCUUAUGGUUAUUUAUUACAUGCAAUUUUUUGCCGAACUGAUAAUCAGAAACAUCAUCGUGAAUUAGCUUUACGAAUAUUUUCAUCAUUAACAACAUCAAUUAAUCAAACAAAUUAUAAUAAUUUAUUAAAUUAUAUACGAAUAUAUAUUAAUCCAACUCGUGCAUUUUCAAAUGCAAAUCGAUGUUUAUUAGAAGCACUUAUUACAAUAACUAUUUAUUUACCUAAACAUUUUGAUUUUAUUUUUGAUCUUCUUCAUGAUUUAAAUUCCUAUGAUCAAAUAUGUUUAUUUAUCAUUGAAACUAUUUUUAAACGAUCUGAUUUAUCAAGUUCAUAUGAUUGUCUUAUAUCAAUGAAAAUUGAAAAACUUAUUGAUAUACUUAAUGAAACAUCUUAUGGUGCUUAUAUUAUUUUAAAAUUAUUAUUUAAAAAUCAACAAUCAUUUAUUAAAGGUUUAAAAAAUUCACUUGCUUGGCAUACAAAAAUAUUUAGUCGAUUUUCAUUUAUAUUUGCUAAUACUUCUUAUGAACCAAUACGUACAAUUCUAAUCGAUAUUUGUCAUGAUAAUGAGAUACAGAAUGUUUUGAUGGAUGAUUUAUUCUGA